UGGUGGAGCAAUCGCCUGUACCAUGUUGAUAGCGAUGAACGUGAGCGGAAUCUAUUCCAGCUAUGUGGACAGCAAACUGAUUGGCAUCCAGUCAGAGGAGGUGAACCUGUAUGUGGUGGAUGCACUGCGGCAUGUCAUCCACGAUGUAUUCGCCCAGCUGAGCGCCACGCUGGUGAUAACGAUAUCGUCCGGCAGUUACACACUUGGCUGGUUCGAGCAAGUCCUGGCCAACCUAAUCAGCACCUGGAGCACGGUGCCCGUACAAAUGCUGCGAACAAAUCGUACGGCUCAUGUGCCCGGACGCAAAUACAGCAAUCUGUUGUUGGUCGACUCCUACGAGAGUUUGUGUUCUACGCGGCUUGCCGAGGACAAUGCAGAUUACGAUGAUCACGAGUAUUACUUCAUAUUUCUGCAGACUCGCGAUGCGUUCAUGCAGCGCGAGCUGCAAUUGAUAUUGGAGCACUGCCUGCACAACUACUGGCUGCACUGCAACGUUAUGGUGCAAACGGCCCAGGUGGAGGUGCUAGUCUAUAGCUACUAUCCGUAUACGGAGCAAGGUUGCCAGACGGCACAGCCAAAGCUAAUCAAUCGCUUUGAUGGCGAGCGAAUGGUGAAUGCACCGAUGUUUCCACACAAGCUGCGCCAGCUGCACCAAUGUCCGCUCACCGCUCUCCUCUGGCACGCGCCGCCCUUUGUCCAACUGCGCUGGGAUGAGCGGGCGGCACAGAUGCGGGCCGAUGGCUUCGAGAUCAAGCUCAUCGAGCGACUGGCGCAGCGUCUCAACUUUAGCCUCAUUUUCGACUACCCUCAGAAUUGGGCCAAUAGCGGAGCCAUGGGAUCCCUCGAAAUGUUAAAGGGACAGCGGGCCAAUCUGAGUGUUGGUAACUUGUGGAAAACAGCUGAACACAAUCGAAUCCUCAGCUCGCCGAUGGCGCACUACUAUGCGCCACUGGUGGCAACGGUGGCCAUCGAUAAAUUUCGCUUCGGCUCCCUCAAGCUGCUCCAUUUCCCGUUCCAGUGGGGCGUGUGGGUCACACUGCUGGCGGCAUUGCUCGUCCAUGGCGUUGUAUACGUGUGGCGUUGGCGGGUCAAUGGGCUGCAGGUGCUGGAGCUGUUGCUGGGUGUCACAGUGGUGCGUCUGCCUCGCACCUGGAUGCAGCGCAUCAUCUAUGCCCACUGGAUGUACGGCAGCAUCCCAUUGCGUGUCGUCUAUCAGUCGCUGUUGUUCCACUUCAUACGGCUGCAGUUGUUCGAAUCGCUGCCCAACUCCUUUGAGCAGCUGCUGGAUCAGCAUUUUCGCGGCCUGUGCACGUCCAGCAUGCUGGGUAUGCUGCGCGAGGUGCCGCAUUUGGAGCGCAUCUAUGAGAGCUUUGAGAGCAUCAGCUCACCGUACGAUGAGGCUGUGCUGGAUGUCCUGCAUCAAAGGGGCGACACUCGAUUAUUUGCCAUUACCGGCCUGGACACGACCAACGCAUAUUUGUGGGCCACGAAUCGCCAGAGUAAAUAUCACAUAUUGACGCAGUACGUCAACUUGCAGCAGGUGGUCAUCUACAUGCCCAAGCACUCCUACUUCAAGCAGCAGUUCAACGAUCUGCUGCGCCAGUUAGAUGCCAGCGGCUUCAUUGACUACUGGCGGCGUGCCGCCUUCAGCGAGUACAGCCACAGGAGCCACAGGAGUCACACAACCAUAAUCGUGGGCAGGAUCAACAGCAGGUUCACCAACUGGACGGCAUCUACAUCGUGA